AUGGCACAACUAAGAAGCGUGCGCUCGUCAUUCUACCAGCACAUUGACGCUUUCUCACCUGGUGCUUUCAAAAAUGCGGACUUGCAUGAUUUGAAUGAUUGGCGCUGCAGCCAGAAUAGUAACCGUGACGGCUUCCAUUUGGCAGAAUGUCACUUGCUUGUAAAGGAGUUUAAUACAG